CCGGUCUCCCUUCGCGAUGUCAAGGACACAGCUACUUCAGUUGGCUACCAACUUGGUCAAUACACAUGGAUUCACCCGAAAGGCUUUGGCGGAGUCAGUCCUCUCUCUUCCUCCCGGGCAGGCGCAUCCAGAACCUCUUUCUGACACUGCUGUGUCUGCAUUAUUCGGGAUUGGAGACGACGCAAGACGCACUCUUAUUCAUGCUUGGCUUGACCAAGGUGUACGGCAUAUGGGAACUGUACCAUCACCGACUCUGAAAAGCGUUUUGCAUGCCAGACUUCGGUACAAUGAGCCAAUGUUGCAGCAUCUGCCAGAGGCUUUUGCGCUAUUGGCCUCUCCAAACUCUGGUGUUUCCCUUCUCGAUCCUAUUCCUAUCCUCAAACAUUCCUCAAGGAUUGCAGACGAGUCUUGUUACAUAUCCGGCGAUACGUCCGUGCAGUUCUCUUGGUAUGUUCGCAGGGCUUCUAUCGCAGGAAUAUAUGGCGCUUCAGAACUUCAUCAGUUGACGUCACCAUCGACGGCAUAUAGUUUUUUGGACAACCUGUUCGAUACCGCCAAUAACUUCGGGACAUCUUUGGAGGAACUCGGUUUAUUUUCUUCCUACGUUUUCAAAAGCUGGAAGGGCAUCUUCAAAAGUAAAGGAAUCGUGUAAUCAGUACCUGCUAUAUUCACGCAUACAUGUACGAAUCAUCUGACAUUCGUACGAUUAUUGCGAUAGAUCGUC